AUGCAAUAUCAGAGAGUUCCGAGGCAGACUUAUCUGGUGAUCAUCCUCGUCAUACUCUGGGUAGUGGGAUGGAGUAGUUGGAACGGAUUUGGUCCGAACAUCAACGAAACCCUAUUGCGAGACACCAUUGAUACGAUAGCCUCAAAUGGAUUGAAGGAAGCCGGAUUCGUCUUUGUAAAUCUGGAUGAUGGCUGGCAGCGCUACCCAGGAAACCGCCUAGACAACCCGCUCGAAGCAGAUCCUGUCAAAUUUCCUAGCGGCAUUAAGGCUCUUGCUGACUAUGCGCAUUCGAAAGGCCUUAAGCUGGGCAUUUAUUCUGGUCCAGGUCAAACGACCUGUGCCGGAUAUACCGGUUCCCAGGGCCACGAAGAGGAGGACGCCAGAAUGUUCGCAUCGUGGGGUAUCGAUCAUCUGAAGUACGAUUCUUGUUGUGCCUACCAGUUCGCCCCGAAAUCGGUCGUCCAACAAGUCGUUCUUACGAUGUCCCAAUCGCUUCUAGCAAGUGGUCGUCCAAUAGUUUUCCAUGCGUGCCAUUGUGGCUGGGCAGAUUCAUGGGAAUGGGCAGCACAGUACGGUGCCAAUCAGUGGCGAAUAGGUCAAGAUAUUUCAGAUGACUUCGAUUACCCUGGCAAUAGGAUGAAGUACUUCUUCGAUGUCUUAGAUCUGCUUGACCGUGGCAACAGCCUUGCUCAGUUUGCUGGUCCGGGACACUGGAAUGAUUAUGAUAUGCUUAUCAUUGGACUCAAUGGCAAAAGUCAACAUGUUGGGGCAGGCUGCUCAAAUGUCGAAUACAGAACUCACUUCAGCAUGUGGGCGAUGGUGGCGUCUCCACUUCUCAUCGGUUCCGAUGUCCGAACACUAAAUGCUGAUUCCAUGGAGACUCUCACCAAUCCGGAAAUCAUAGCCAUUUCGCAAGAUCCUCUCGGGCAAGCAGCAGUCACUGUCGGUGUCGGGGACCAGGAUGGAGGAAACUUGCAAGUCUAUGCUAAACAGAUGGAGGAUGGGAGCUAUGCGGUUGCUCUAUUGAACAGAGGAGGUGUUACUGCGGAUAUGAGUAUUAGUGUGGAGAGGGAUUUAACUGAGGCGUGGGAUCAGUAUACUGUGAGGGAUGUUUGGAAGCAUGAAACCACCGGGCCCUAUGACAAACCAUAUAUGGUAGAGGUCAUUGGUCACGAGGCAAAGAUUCUACGUCUGUACCAGGUCAUUCCAAAUGCUACAAUGCCGCUUCCUUGA